AUGGCAAAAAAAGGAGCAGGACGCAAAAGGGUUCCUAUGGAGAAGAUAGAGGACUCAAGUAAAGUUGGGGUUACCUUCUCAACACGACGGUCCGGCCUGUUUAAGAAGGCAUGUGCGGUCCGCCAUCUAUGUGACUGUCAUACCGCUAUUGUUAUCUUCUCACCGGAAAACAAAGUUUAUUCUUUUGGUGAACCCUCAGCAGAUGGGAUUUUUAAUUCCUUCAUCGACGGUGACGCUAUCCCUGCCGAAGAGAGCGAUGUCCCACAGUUGAUAGAAGGUUCUGAUUUUGGUCAACUGAUGGAAGAGAUGACAGAAUAUGAAGGCAUAGUCGAGGCAGAGAAAACUCGGGAAAAUGGCUUUACUGAAGUGGAGAACGAUCCUCAAGAUGAGAAUUCCUUGGGGAAAUUGUGGUCAGCACCCGUGGAGGAACUAACAUUGGCGGAGGCUGAAGACAUGUUGGCGAAAUUGGAGGAGUUUAAACCAUCUGAAGACGAUUCUAGCAGCCAACCUCAACAAGACACAAAUAUGUAG